AUGAUGAAUCCGAAUCCCAAAUUUUUGAUAUACUAUGCCUGUGUCGCAAAAGGAACCACAAUCCUCGCAGAGUUCAAUUCCAAAGAUGCCGAUCUCGGUGCCCUAGCUGCUAAAUGCCUUGAGAAAACUCCCGCUCACCACUCUAUCUUCUCUCACACGAUCCGUGACAAGACUUAUAUGUUCUUGCUCGACGAUUCCUUCUUGUAUUUCGCAAUCUUCGACGAGAAUCUUGAUAAUUCGGAAGGUCUAUCCUUUCUGAAAAGCGUUAAGGACGCGUUCAAUGACAUCGUUCAGAACAAUUCGGUGAAAAAGCGUUUGGAUUCUUUGAAUUCCCAUUGUUUUCAGGGCGAGUUCAACCCCCUUUUUCACCAAUUGUUGGCUUCAAAUUCCGAAUUUGAAGCACCCGGUUCACCAAGAAUGGUUUUGAAGCUCAAUCAUGGUGGGAGUGAGCGUUUCGAUUCACCGAGAGGGCAGAAAAUUGGGUCUCUUCCAUUGCUUGGUGAUGUCCCUAAGAGGUUGAAGAAGAAGAAAAAGAGGUUCUUUGGGGACUCAUAUGGGGAAACAAAAGAUCAGAACAAGGUGGAUGUGUCUUCUAAUGAUAGUAGUGCUGGUGGCUUGACCAGGGAAUUCUCGGUGGUGUUGCACAAGAAUGUGGUGUUUUCCGGUGAAUUGGGACAACACCAAAAGGCGAAGCGAGUUUGGAAGAAACACGUUUGGAUUGUGCUGUCCCUGGACUUGAUCGUGUGUUCUCUCUUGUUUGGCAUCUGGUUGUGGAUUUGCAGGGGUUUCAAAUGCAUUAAUGGUUGA